UCGGGUAGUAUACAGAUUACGAAGACAGGGACGUUCAGUGUUACUUGGUCAGGUUGGGUCAAGGCGCCCCAAGUUAGGUCAGGAGGGAAAAGGUCUGGUUUACUAACGCCUACCCUGGUCUCCCUGCUCUGCAUUCGCUCCCGUUCAUCGAAUAAAAGGUUGAUUGUGACCAUUUUUUUAUGAAUAAUGUUCCUAGAGAUAAGUGAGCAUACGUCUCCUCGGAUGGACUAACAAGUCUUGGAGACAUCCUAAUCCUUGUAACUCCUUGUAACCUUUUCAGCUAUGAAUCCGAGUGGCAGUCUGCAACCUACAACAUCUUUCUGCAAGAGAGUUCCUGCAACCCCGGCCCUUCGUAUCGCGUAUGGUGCGCGGUCGAAAGCUUAGCCCAGCAGAACCCAGAUGCUCUCGUAUGGUACGUUAUGACCUCGCCCGUGGCAGAUCAAAGCGAUGACCUCGUGCCCUCACUGACGCGGAUCUACAAGAACCUGCGAGUGGUCAAAGUCGACCUGAAGACGGUUUUCUCAGACACGCCUCUGGAAGACAUAUACGCGGCAGGACUGUGGAGGAAAAAUAACACGUGGCCUGAAAUAAACUUAGCCGACAUCAUGCGUCUGGCAGUCGUGUGGAAGAUGGGAGGCUUGUACGCAGACAGUGACGUCGUGUGCAUUCGACAGGUGACUCACUUGACCAACAUGAUCGCCUGGCAGGAAGGAUUCACACUGGGUUCCGGCGUCUUUCAUUUCUCCAGACACCACCCCGUCCUGAAGUUGGUCAUGGAGUAUAUCAGGGAGAACUUUCAGCCUGAGAAAUGGGGUUCCAGCGGACCCAUCGUCUUCACCAGGAUCUUGAAGGACCUGUGUGAUGUGAAGGACAAGAAGAAAAAGUGCCUUGGCGUCUCGUUGCUUCCUAUUAGAUCUUUUUACCCGAUUCCUUCGGUCAUAUGGAAGACUUUGUUCAUGCCCCAGGACCCAAGGCCAAUCAGGAAGAGGUACCCGUCCUCAUAUAUGAUCCAUUUCUGGAACCAGCUGAGUUACGACGAGCCAAUCGUGAAAGGGUCCGGUAGCAUCUACGACCAAGCUGCGACUACUUUCUGCCCCAACACCAGAAGAAUCGCGACUAAGCAGUCGUCUGGAUACUGAAUCGUACGUAGUAGGCAGUCGACAUCAUACUGAAUCGUACAAGGUCUAUAGACCUUGGAAUCGUAUGUAGGCAGUCGUCCACAUACUGAAUCGUACAAGGUCUAUAGACCCUGGAAUCGUAAGCAUAUUGCCCCGGUCAACCAAAGAUUUGAGUGUCUUUCUUAUAUCCCAUAUCAUGUUUUUUUGCAGUGACAUAAGAUCUAUUUAUUUCGUCGUUGUUGUCGUUGCCAAUGUGAGUUUCUGGUUGUUAGUUUUAAGAAGACAGUGUCAAGCAGAUUUUGUUUACGCUUUGUGUCUUGCUCUCUACUGAAAAUAUAAGGCGUUGAGAAUCCGUAAUGAGAGAAUAAUCAAUAAAUAUGAAGAGCAAUGGUGUUUUAUGUCUUAUAAGUGGCUGCGAUGAAGUGUUCCUUCACUUAGCAGCUGAGUAUGUUUGAGGCUCUCUCACUUACAAGUGAAGAAAGUUCGUCAGUCCCCUCCCCAUAUCAAGUAAGAACGUUUAUGGCUUUCUCACCCGUCAGCCAAAAACGUUCAUGGCUUCUACACUCAUCAGCUGAGAACGUUUAUGGCUCUCCCUCAUCAGCCAAGAACGUUUAUGGUUCCUUCACUUAUCAGCUAAGAACGUUUA